UAUAACUAUCCACUUAAUAAAAAAGUUUUCUUUAAUAAAAUUUUCAAAGCACAAGUUAACACUUUACGUUAUAUUGGUUAUAUAGUUGAAGAAAAUGAUAAAUUUUAUUCUUUUCAUUAUGUUCGAUGUGCAAUUUUUACUUUUUCACUUGGGAUUUGCUCAUGUUUGGGUUUUGCAAAAUUGGUCCUUGAUCCUCAAUUUUCAGGAGGCAGUGCUAUGAGCGCAGCAACAACAUUUCUUUAUCUAUCAACAUUCAUAGCCUAUCGUGCAGCAUUUUUCCAAAGAGAAAGACUCGCACAAAUGUUGAUUUUCUUACAAAAGGAUGUUGAUAAAUUUCUCACCAAAUCAGACGAAGAAGAAGAAAAACUUUUCGACGAAAUGCAUAGUUAUAUAAAAGUGAUAACAGUUUCAAUUUGGGCACCUACAACAACAGCUGCUCUUAUAGCAUAUAUUGAUGGUUUUUAUAGAAUUGCUAUUGGUUCGUAUUGGGAUACAACGUCAGAAAAGGAAUCAUAUACACCGCCAUUACUAAGUAGAUUAUAUCCCUUCAAAGAAAUUGCUGAAAAUAUAUAUUUUGGAAUUAUAUUGCCAAUGUAUGCCCUUUUUAUUGGAUGUAUUGCAAUACCGCUGUGGCAUACAUUCAUAACGAGUCUUAUGAGUUAUGUUAACUUAAAGUGGAAGAUAAUGCAUAAGCGAAUAAUUGGAAUGGAUAUUCAAAAUUCAAUUGAUACACAACCUUUGCUGACAAGACUCUUUCCAUUUCGAGAGGUCCAUGAUGACUUAUUUGUUGGAUACAUUCUACCAUUGUAUGCUUUGUUUUUGGGCAUAAUGAUGAUACCAUUAUGGCAUACAUUCAUCACUGGCAUGAUGUCUUAUGUGAAUUUGAAAUGGAGGAUUAUGCAUAAACGAUUGUCUACGAUGGAUGUCUCAAAAGUAAUUCUGGAACCAAAUGAAGUCUUAUAUUAUUCGACACUCGAUGGAGCCGAAAAUAAAAACAAUUUUCUACGUGAACGAAUGUGUAAAUUUAGUGUUGUUGAACAAAUUCGUAUACAUUGGUUCGCCUGUGAGCUUCAAGAGUUAAUUGGUGUUCCAGUAUUCGCCGACUUCAUAAUAUUUUCGAUUUUGAUUUGUUUUCUAUUCUACGAGUUAGUAACGGGGAAUCCUACAAAAAUGGAUUUCGUAUUCAUGUGUCUGUAUUUAUUCGUGAUGUCUUCGAUAUUGUGGCUUUAUCAUUGGCAUGCAACCCUAAUGAAGGAAAAUAGUUUAGAAAUGGGUUUUGCAAUUUACUCUUGCGACUGGUACAACUAUCCUAUAAAAAUUCAAAAGAUAAUUCAACUGGCUAUGACAAUCACAGCUCGUCCCUUGGAAAUCAAAGCCGUUCUGGUGCCGCUGAGUCUGACAACCUUCAUAGAUAUCAUACGAGCCGCCUACAGUUACUUCAGUCUCUUAAGGAAGACAUCGGAUUAAAGAAACAACAAAUCAAAUAUUUUGUAGAUCACUUUAUUAUCAUAAUCUUUAGUUCAUGUUUAUAAAAAUAAUAAUAUUAAAACUGUGAAACGGUACACCCCCACUUGCACAGAAUUUAGAAAUAAAAAGAAAAAAUACAAAGGAAAUCUUCACCUAAA